AUGUCUAGUUCAGAAUACGCCUGCAAUGACGUCAGCGUUACUGGCUCAACCACAAUAGGCAGUGGUCGAUAUGCAUCUGUCACAUCAAUGAAGCAAAAUACAUGCUCAAUUGAAAUUGUUCAUGAUACCAUCUUAGAUUCUAAAGAAUCGAAGCAAACACUGCAGAAUAUUAAAGGCCCCGGUAACCAUGGAUCUGCGGUGAGGGAGGGCGAGGAGCGACCGAACCUUAUAGCUACUUCAGCUGUUGGCCGUAGAUCUGACCCCAAAAGUUAUGCACCGAUCUCCAACAAUGUUAAGUAUAUUUACAAACCACACCCGCAUAUUCAACGACCUCCUUCUAUGACUGCUACAAAUCACCAGUUUAAUACGAUUGAUGGCUUCAAGGGCAGUGCUUCAUUUUCCUCUCUGCCGUUGCAGACGUCGGGCUCACGGAUUAUCAACGCAAAUAACCCGAAGUCAACAUUGAGAUACACCCCAGUCCACGGUGAUCUGAGCGAUAGUACUUUGGUAUCUUCCACUAUGGAGCCCCGGGGUGUUACUCGCCCCAUGCAUAAUCUCAUGGUAAAAUCGGUGGCCAGCACGGGGCAGCCCACCUUAGUUCCUUCAGCCCAUUCCGCCUCUUUGGCCCCUCCUGCGGCCUCCAUCUCGAACUCGAUGGGAGGUGUACGGGCCGAGUGGCCCCAUAGCGCUGCCGUUGGUGGAGCUCGGCACCCCGUGUCGAUCCCACGCCGCUCUGAUACGGGCGGUGCCUUCAUCCCUGAGAGGCCGCUCGCGGAGGAGGGUAGCGACCCUCCACGCGGCAUUCCACCCGGGCCCAACUCCGCCACUGCGGCGAGGGGCCCUGCCUCGCGUGGGGGCGACCCCGACGAUGCGGCAUCGCAUCGCUUAGCGACUGGUAUUGGCCCCAGGCUCGAGGGCAACGGGCCCGAUGGGGGAAAGACACCCCUCCCACCUCCGGAGACGCAUUCCCUCGCCGUGCGAUCCGAUGUCGCCACGGCGGUGCCCUCGGAGCUCACCUUGAUAGGAGCCCAGCGCCCGAAGCCACCCCCGCGGCCGCGACAACCUGAGGCUGGGACGCUCCCAGAGGAUAUCUUUCGUCAACCCACAAGAGCUCUUAGCGUGCAGCUGGUGGCAUUGUACAAAUAUAUUAACGCUCGCUAUUGGCAUCGGCGCCGUAUGGAGGCACCGGGGCCAAAGUACAACAACGGUUUCGAUGACAAGGAUGGCCACUACAUCGUCCUACCCGGGGAGGAGAUACUGAACCGGUUCACUGUGCAGGAGGUUUUAGGUAAGGGUAGUUUUGGAACGGUGAUUCGCUGCUACGAUGAAAAGCGCCACGAGGCGGUGGCCCUCAAAAUUACGCGGCAUGGCUUUAAUUUCCGUGAGCAAGCCAAGCUGGAGCUAGAUAUUCUUCUCAAGUUAAAUGAAAACGCCAAUCUCAACCAUCUUGUAGUGAAACUGUUGAAGGUGUUUGAUUGGCAGGGACACCUUGUGCUGAUGUUUGAGCUCUUGAGCUUCAAUCUCUAUCAGCUUAUCAAGUGUACACGUUACAAGGGCGUUUGCCUUGAUCUGGUCUGUAAGUUUGCCUAUCAGCUUGUGUGCACUCUCCGCCAACUGGAACAGCAGAAGCCACAGCCCAUUAUUCAUUGUGAUUUGAAGCCGGAAAAUAUUCUGCUCAAAAACCAAAAUCGAAGUGGCAUUCGGCUUAUCGAUUUUGGCUCCGCCUGUUACGCCGAUAGGCGUAUCCACCACUAUAUUCAGAGCCGCUUCUACCGCAGCCCGGAAGUGAUUCUUGAUUUAGAUUACGGUACUGCCAUUGAUCGCUGGUCGUUGGGGUGUGUUCUCGUUGAGCUACAUACUGGGGUGCCCCUCUUCGAUGGCCGCUCCGAGGCCGAACAGCUCGCACGUUUUGAGUCCGUGCUGGGCCCUCUUCCAACGGACAUGAUAGCAAGCUCCAGCAAAGCCUUGAAAUAUUAUAACCUCACGCCACAAGGAACCUAUGAGCUGAAAGAGCCACCACAGGAGCGACGAUCGCUUGAGAGCAUUCUCGGCAUGACCGCAGAUGCCCUACAUAGCAAACGGAAGGAUUGCCCUGACCACGAUGAGGCGUCCUGUCGCACAUUCCUUGACUUUAUUUUCGCGUUGUUAAAAUACCGGCCGCAGGAGCGCAUCAGCUGCACAGAUGCGCUUCAUCAUCCCUUUUUUUCAUCCUUGCUUAGUAUCAAGCUUGGCCUGACUGCUCCUGCAGGGGCUGGUCAGGUGCCUACAACCACCACCUGA